AGCACUAACAUGAAACGGACGACAUUUUGGCUCUAUCAUACAACUGAACAGUUGAUCAAUAUAUCGAUAUUGAACCAGAAUGGGAAAUAGAGCAGUCUUGUUUCCCCAUUGGUAAAUUGACCAAGUAAUGUAGCGCCUAACCGUGGAAUAUAUGCAAACACGUAGGUACUGAGGUAGGUUGAUGCAAUAUUAUUUUCAGAUUCACUGCGCAGCUAAUGGACUGUAUAAACAACACAUCAGUAGUAACUAUGAUCCAGUAAUGCAAGGAAACAAACUUAUAGUCUUUUUUGUUAAAUGACUUCAUAAGAAUGGACGGGUGGAGUCGAAUUGCCACAGCAGCCUCUGAGGAUGAACGGUCUAGUUCCCAAGGCGAAUACACAGUACGGAAUGCGCCAUUGAAAGACUCCGAGAAAAGCGAGGACGGGACGCGCAUGGCUGUGGGAGCCACAUCUGGAAUCGGAUUCUCUGGCUUUGAUACCUUGAGCACCCUGAGACUACACCGGACCGGACAGUCAGCGGAGAGAAACCUUCGAUACAUACACUCAUUAUGGACGCCAGGUGCAUUACUGCAGACAGAAGUGGGUGCUACGAGCAAGCCGGGGAAGAUGUCCACCAAAGGAAGAAGGCUCGGAAGAAUUAGGCGGAACUUGGGACCUAUAGGAAAAGACAUUUAUGCUGUGAAGAGGCUCAGAGAAGCAGCCAAUGGAAACGACAUUGACACUGUUCGUAGACUGCUGCAGGACGGCAUUGACCCUUGUGCUGCAGAUGACAAGGGAAGAACGGCAUUACACUUCUCCUCAUGUAAUGGCAAUGAGAGCAUUGUUCAGAUGUUGUUGAGCUAUGGUGCUGACCCAAACCAGAGAGAUAGCCUUGGAAACACUCCAUUGCAUCUUGCUGCCUGUACCAACCAUGUGCCUGUCAUCACUACCUUACUGAGAGGGGGUGCCCGUGUAGAUGCCUUGGAUCGCGCAGGAAGGACCCCUCUACAUCUUGCCCGCUCCAAGCUCAACAUCUUACAGGAGGGAGAAUCACGUAGUUUGGAAACCUUGCGAGGAGAAGUCACUCAGAUCAUUCAAAUGCUGCGGGAGUACCUGAAUAUCAUGGGACAGAGGGAGGAGCGAGAGAAACUGGAGCAUAUUUCUACCCAACUACAACACACCUGUACUAAAGAACAGGUGGAUGAGGUGACUGAUCUGCUGGCCAGUUUCACAUCUCUAAGUAUACAGAUGCAAAAUAUGGGAGACAGGUAGAAAAAGAUGGAAUGUGGAAUAGCAGAAGGCUUACAGGAAGCUGGAAGAGGGCUGCAUAAAAAUACAAAUCCUGAGAUAUUUAUUUAUGUGUGACCAUAAUGCUGUAUAAUUUUAGUUAGUUGCUGUACAAGGAAUAUGACUAAAUGAAUUGAUGAAUUGCCUUCACUCAUAUGUUUACCCC